UCCGUGUGACCCGGGAGUCGGGGCUGAGCAGCUGCUGCUCCCCGGGGUCUGUGCGGGGGGAGCCCGGCAUUAACCCCCCCGUGCCCGGCCGGGGGGAGGGGCUUUCUCCAGCUGGGACCCGCCCCCUGGGCAGCCCCGGGCCGGAGCCCCCCGGCUGCAGAAUGACGUCCAUGUUUUGCUCCAGUUCAUCCCGUCCUCCCAUGGGACAGGGGAGAGAAAUGGCUGCAGAGGAGCCAGCUCAGGGGCCGGUGACUUUCGAGGAGGUGGCUGUGUAUUUCACCAGGGAAGAGUGGGCUCUGCUGGACCCCACUCAGAGAGCUCUCUACAGAGACGUCUUGCAGGAGAACUAUGAGAAUGUGACCUCGCUGGGGUUUCCAGUUUCCCAACCUGAUGUGAUCUCCCGGCUGGAACAAGGGGAAGAGCCAUGGGUCCCAGACCUCCAGGGUUCAGAGGAAAGAGAGAUACUGAGAGCUCCCUGCACAGAUGAGGAAACAUUAAACCAACUCAGAAUCUCAGGUGAUGCAAUGGUAUGUGAGAAAGAGGAGCAGAAUUCUCAGCAGGAAAAUGUUGAGCAAGUGGAUAAACACAGAGCAUUAUCGCAAACAUGGAAAAGGAAUGUGUCCAGCAGUCAUGAGCAGGGAAAAUCCUGUGAGAUUCAGCACAGACAAGAAAGAGAGCAGGGAAACCAGCCAGGAGAGAAAGUGGGUAAAUUUAUUUCCUGUCGGGGAACUCAGAAGGGCCUCAAGGAAACCACAACACAGCAGGAAAUCCUCAGGGGAAAGAGGAAAAAUACAUGCACUGAGUGUGGGAAAAACUUCAUUCGCAGAUCGGACCUUUCUGAUCAUCAGAGAAUCCACACAGGGGAGAGGCCCUACAAAUGCAGUGAAUGCGGGAAAAGCUUCACUAACAGAUCAGGUGUUUUUCAACAUCAGAGAAUCCACACAGGGGAGAGGCCCUAUGAAUGCAGUGAGUGCGGGAAAUGCUUCACUAACAGCUCAGCCCUUUCUGAACAUCAGAGAAUCCACACAGGGGAGAGGCCCUAUGAAUGCCGUGAGUGUGGAAAAUGCUUCACUCACAGAUCAGCCCUUUCUCAACAUGAGAGAAUCCACACAGGGGAGAGGCCCUAUGAGUGCAGUGAGUGUGGAAAAUGCUUCACAAACAGCUCAGACCUUUCUAAACAUCAGAGAACCCACACAGGGGAGAGGCCCUAUGAAUGCAGGGAGUGUGGGAAAAACUUCACUUACAGAUCAGUCCUUUUUCACCAUCAGAGAAUCCACACAGGGGAGAGGCCCUAUGAAUGCCGUGAGUGUGGGAAAAACUUCACUCACAUAUCAGGCCUUUUUCACCAUCAGAGAAUACACACGGGGGAGAGGCCCUAUGAAUGCCGUGAGUGUGAAAAAUGCUUCUCUACCAGCUCAGCCCUUUCUGAACAUCAGAGAAUCCACACAGGGGAGAGGCCCUAUGAAUGCAGUGAGUGUGGGAAAAAAUUCAUUUACAGAUCAGGCCUUUUUAACCAUCAGAAAAUCCACAUAGGGGAGAGGCCCUAUGAAUGCCGUGAGUGUGGGAAAACCUUCAAGUGCAGCUCGCACCUUAUUAGGCAUCAGAGAAUCCACACAGGGGAGAGGCCCUAUGAAUGCAGUGAGUGCGGUAAAACCUUCACUCAAAGAUCAGGCCUUUUUCACCAUCAGAGAAUCCACACAGGAGAGAAGCCCUAUGAAUGCAGUGAGUGUGGGAAAAACUUCACUCACAGAUCAACCCUUUCUGAUCAUCAGAGAAUCCACACAGGUGAGAGGCCCUAUGAAUGCAGUGAGUGUGGGAAAAGCUUCACUCAAAGAUCAAGCCUUUUUCGCCAUCAAAGAAUCCACACAGGUGAGAGAACCUAUGAAAGCAGUAAGUGUGGGAAUUCCUUCUCUUAGCACUCAGCCCAUGUUAGCCAUCAGAGAAUUUGAAAGGGAAAUCAAGACCAUAAAAACCUCUAGGACUAUCAAUACUUUUUUUUCUUUAAUACUUUUUCUGAUUCCCACAUAGUAACUUGUAAAGCUGUUUGAACUAUUUGCAGCACCGUUAUCCCUCAGCUUGUCCAGAUGAGUGGCCCAUAUUUCCUUUUGCAGUUCACCCUGUUUUGAAGUGGCCCAUUUGUCCUUUCUAUCAACUCCAUUGUCCCAUGAGUAAUUCGAGUGUGCCCUUCCUAUCAGGAGCCAGGGAACAUCACAUUUAUACCAUUCCUCCUAUUACAAAGUUAUUGUUAGAGUAACCAAUGAUACAGAUUGUAUCAUUGCCAGUUGUUCUCACGUUGCUCUUGGUUGUGCUGAAGAGCAGUUAUAUUGGGACCUUUUCAAAUUAUAUUUAAAUGAAGAGGAGCAGAGGCAGGAAAAAAAAGGUGUCAUUUCAGCCUCUGUGACACUGGAAGGAGACAGGGUGACUCAGAGAUUCCUUCCUUCCCGUAACUAUACAACUGUUACCUUUUCUAUGAGCUAUGCAGAGUUUAUCUUCAUCACAUUCUAUCCAUCCACUUCUCAAAGUGUCAUGUAAAGAAGCGUUCUCCGUUGUCUAUGCAUGGAAAUGAUGCUUUGAGUUCUUUAAUCCUAUACCAGAGUUGCUGUGACUGGAGAUGAAAGUAUUAAAGACCUGGAAGGGGAAUUCAAAUGGAUCCCAAA